CUCCCUCGCCCCCCCCCCUCUCCCUCUUUCUCCCACCCAUGACCGGCGAUGAGGCCCCGGCGGGCCUGAGCAGCAGCGACAGCGGCAGCAGCGGCACCGACACCGCCCCAGCGGGUGAUUUGUCUCCUCCCGCGUCUCCAGGGCGCUCGGCUGUCUCGUCUCCCGCGAGCCCUCCUCACACGCCAGCGGCGCCGGAACACCCGGAGUCCGAUGCCCGGUCUUCGCCUCGGCCUUCGACCAAUGUAUCCCCCUCGAUGGCCGGCGUCGGUGCUGCACACAUUCUCCCUUCCUUCGAGGCGGAUCGCGCCCAGUUCCGGCACUUCCUCCGCAGCUACACCUGCUACGAUACUCUGCCGAUCAGCGGGCGCGUUGUCGUCCUGGACACCGCUCUCCCCGUGAAGAAGGCCUUCCAUGCGCUGUUGCAAAAUGAGCUCCGCGCGGCGCCUCUCUUCGAUUCGCGCCGGCACAAGAUCAUCGGCAUGCUGACGGUCACCGACUUCAUCAACAUCCUCCGGUAUUACCACUACUUCCCCGACGAGGCCAUGCGCCGGGGCAUCCGCCUGGACGAUCAGCGCAUCCAAGGCUGGCGUGACACCGACAUCUCCCUGCUCCUGAAGUACCGGAGCCUGUCGCAGGCCUCCGAUGCCGGGGGGGACUCUCCGCAAGUGGCCGAGUCGUCGCCCCCCUCGCCCUCGGACGAGCCGGCUCCUCCCUGCUGCGCGGACUACGCCUAUCGCCCCACGCCGCUGGACCAGCCCCCGCACCUGGUGAGUGCCUCGCCUCUGACCACGCUGCUGGACGCGGCCCGGGAGCUGGUUUCCCACCGGAUCCAUCGCCUGCCGAUUCUCGAACCCGUGGAGGUCCCAGCCGUGCCGAUGCCGGUCGCCCCGCCGGUCGCCGAUCCGGCUGACUCCCUGGCCCUUGGCACCGGCGGCGCUGGGUCCCCCCUGGCCCCGGUCGACCCGGGCACCGGAGGGUCCCCCUUGGUUGCGCCCCUAUCGACGGAGGUCCUCGAGACCCCGCUCGGCGAUGGCGAUGGCGGGCCCGCCGCAGCCCUCCACACCGUGGACGAGCACGACGAGUAUCCCGUGUCCCGGCGUGGCUUGGCAGUUGACUCGUCGGCGGAUUUGUGCGACAGCGCGGCGGCCGACGCUCGCGCCGUGGUGGCCGAUCUCGCGGCGGCGGCGAUGGCCGCUGCGGCGGCGGCGGCUGCCGCCGGCGGCACCAACACCCUCGAUCCCCCAUUCAUGGCCCUUGACGCCGAGCUCCCGGCCGAUGCCCUUCUGGCAGCCGCCGCGGCGGAUCCCUAUUUUGACGGCCUGGAUCCCAUUCCGGCGGCCGAUGUGCUGGCAGCCACGGCGGCGGCCGAGGCCCUGUCGGAUCUUGGCGGGGCGGUGAUCAAGUCCCGUCGGGGGACUUCCCCAGAGCUCCAUGACUCCAUCGAGUCGCUGUCGCUGUAUGCCGCGGGGGCGGGCCCAGUUAGCGGCGUGGCCAUGGCCCCCUCGGAGCUGCCUGGCCCGCCGGCUGAUAUGUCGGUGCUGUCGUCCACCGGGGCGGAGGUCUUCCCCUCCGGCGAGCAGCCGACGUCCCUCUCGCCGCCUGCCAGUGCCUCCGGCUCCGUGGCCGCGGCCACUCCCUCGGGCAUUCCCUCCUCCGCUUCGGUUUCAGUUCCCCCCUCGGAGGAGGGCGUCGCCGGGACGGCCGACCCGUCGGUCGCCAACAGCCCGGCACUCAGCCCGGUCCCUUCGAUCGCCGAGGCCCCAGACAACAUUGUCGGUGUUAUCAGCCAGUUCAAGAUCUUGCGCUUCAUCGCGCACUAUUUCCCCCACCGGCUGGCUCUGUUUGAUGUGCCCAUCGCCAGCCUUGGCAUCGGGUCCUUCGGGCCAAAUGUCGUCACGGUCACCCCGUCCGAGCCGCUGAUCACCGUGCUGGACCUGUUUGCCACCCGACGUGUGUCUGCUGUGCCCGUUGUCGACGAGUCUGGCUCCCUGUUGGACGUCUACGAGAAGUUCGAUGUGUCGUACCUCGCCCGUGAUGCUUGCUUCGACAACUUGACCAUGACCGUGCGUGAGGCCCUCGCGCACCGGACCUCACAUCAUGAAGCGGACGCCGCGGCGGCCGCCGCGUCGGCACAGCCGCAGGGCGCCCCCGCGCACGGGGUUUUCACGUGCGGAAAGCAAGACCGGCUGGGGUCCUUCUUCGCGGUGAUUCGCGCGUAUCCCGGCAUUCGGCGACUGGUCAUCCUGGACGACGACCCGCCGGCACCGGUGGACUCGGCCCCUGUGGUCACCUCCCCCUCCUCGUCUGCGGAGGCCGCCGAGCAGGACGCCUUGGAUGCUGGCACGGACACCGGCGGGCCGGACUCGGUGCCAAUCUCCCCCAGCGUGAUCCCUGUCCGCCGGGUGUACGGCGUCAUCAGCCUUUCAGACAUUCUGGCUUUCCUGGUGUCCGAUCCGUCGGCCUAGACACCCCUGGUCCUUUCGCUCUUCCCCCCCCCCCCCCCCCCC